ACUUGCGGCAUCUGAUGCAGUAGAAGGAAACAAUUGUUAACCAUUGAGUCUUAACCAGAAGGCUUGCAAAUCCAACAAACUCACAUCAUACUGAGCUUAAAUUUUCUUUUUCCUAUUUGUAUAGUCAUCAAGGCUGGGAUUUUUUUUUUUGGUAGCCCCAUAUGGGAUCCUUGCUGGCAUAUGAUUAAAGCCUAAAGUUUCAAUCUUGGUAAGUUCUGUCCAUCUUUCUCCAGAUACAACAAUGGACUGGAUUUUCCAUGAAAUAAAGCAAAGAAACUUGCUUUCUCCAUCAGAGCAGCCAUAUUACCUCCCUCAAUCACCACCAUUACUGCCUCCACCACAAAAUUUGCAAUCUGAUAGUCUCAAUUUGGAUAACAAGGUUAGUCCCAGUAUAUUACUCAUUAUUAUAAUCCUAGCUAUCGUUUUCUUUGUUUCUGGUUUGCUUCACCUUUUAGUUAGAUUUCUUUUGAGACCUCCCAACAGGGAGCCAGAAGAUAUAGACAAUGUGACUGCUCUUCAGGGGCAGUUGCAACAGCUAUUCCAUCUCCAUGAUGCUGGUGUUGACCAAUCUUUUAUAGACACUCUCCCUGUUUUUCACUACAAAGCCAUCAUAGGAGUAAAGAACCCAUUUGAUUGUGCUGUUUGCUUGUGUGAAUUUGAGCCUGAGGACAAGCUUAGAUUGCUACCAAAAUGCAGCCAUGCCUUCCAUAUGGAGUGUAUUGACACUUGGCUUUUGUCUCAUUCCACAUGCCCUUUGUGUAGAGGGAGCUUACUCCCUGAUUUCUCUCCAAAUAAUGGAUGUUCACCUAUUGUUCUUGUUCUUGAGUCUGGGAGUGAGAGCUCAAGAGAGAUUGUCACAGAUAGAGAAAGUAUUCUAGGCAGAACCAGCUCAGUCCUGAGAUCAAACUCCCAUCUGGGUCACAGUGCAGACAAUGAAUUGGGGUCAUCCCAGCGUAAAUCAAGUGAAAUCCCGGAAAAAGAUGAAGUCAACCCAACAGUAGUGGUGGAUUCUGGGGAAAAAGUUGUGUCUGUUAGGCUAGGAAAGUUUAGGAAUGUUGAUGGUGGUGAAAGUAGCAGUAACAAUAAUGUGGACGCUAGGAGGUGUUUCUCUAUGGGGUCCUUUGAGUAUGUAAUGGAUGAGAAUUCUUUCUUGCAAGUGCCAAUAAGAACCCCUAUGAAGAAACCAUCAAGCAAGAAGACUUCUUUACCAUUGACGGCUGGUCACCGCCUAGCAAUGUCUGAAUGUGAUUGUGAAUCAAGAAGAGGGUUCAAUGGUUUUCAAAGCAUGAGAAACUUUGAAACCAAUGGGAGUUCUGGUACUAAUGAAAACAAUGGCAAGGCCAUUGGAAAGAGCAAGAAAGAAAGCUUCUCAAUAUCGAAAAUUUGGCUUCGGGAAAAGAGGGCCAAUCAGAAUUUUACAGAGGAUUCAUCAAGGAGAGCCUUCUCAUUUCGAUUUCCAGUGCAUCAGAAUGUUUCUACUACUACUGCUGCUGAUGAUGUUUUUAAGGUGAAAAAUGGUAUUGGUGGUGCCAGGGAUACCAUUUCUGAGAUAGACUCUGGCAGGUGGGCAAAUGGAGGGAGUGAAUUUGGCUGUGAUGAAGAAAACCAGAGCUGCUAUAGCUUAGAUUCACAAGCUAAAACACCAUCUUUUGCAAGGAGGACUCUGCUAUGGCUAGCCGGGAGACAAAACAAGGUUGUUCACUCAUCCUUUACACCAAAGGUCUAGUUUAUUUUUAAUUUCCUUUUUCCUCUGGAUUCUUUUCCUAGAAAAGUUCUCUUUGA